AUGUCGGUCACCCCUUCGGAACCAUACGAUACGAUCAGGCUGCGAGCCGAAGACGAGACGGACGCGAUCAGUCACGACGUCUCCAUGGUGAUCAAAGCCAGGAUCGACGACCUUAUAGACCGGGGAUUCCCUGUCGCUCUUCUGGAGAAUAUUCAACUCGAGCUGAUAAAACGUGCCGACCGGACAUUUCUUUGGGUAUCGCUCGCGCUGGGCUUACUGGAAGAGAAAGUCGAAGGCGGCGCCUCGCGCCGCGAGCUCGACAACAUCCUCAGAACCCGCGACAUCUACAGCAUCUACGCGGAGCUUCUCGCCUCGAGACCCGACUUGCCCAAGACGCGGAAGAUGCUGAACUUGAUUCUUGCCGCGGCCAGGCCGCUAACUGUGAAGGAGACUAGCAUAGCCCUCGCUGUGGUACCCGAGAGCAAACAAAUCAACCAUCCACAGAGAUUGCCGAGGAAAGCCAAAAGCCCUGGAAAGCUGACUCUGCGCGACGUAGAAUACGAGCUCGUGUACCCGUUCGAGAACCAUUUGAAACUCAUCUGCGGCCACUUCAUCCGCAUUACCAAGAACAGGGUGUAUCUUGUGCAUGAGACAGCCAGGGAGUUCCUCCUUGAACCCAAUGACUCUAGCGACAUUCCUCAGCUAGAUCCCUUUUUCUCACAACCCUCAGCUGUUUUGGGUGGGCCAGAGACUACCUUCCAGCAUACAUUCUCCCUCAUCGAGGCCCACGCCCUUCUCCUCGACAUUUGCGCCGCCUUUCUCUACUGCCUGGCCAAACAGUCAAAGACCUCGCAGCCGGGCCAAGCAAGUAUUGAAACACAGGCCUUCCUCCAGUACGCGGCCCAAUCAUGGACUAUACAUCAUCACCGAGCUAGAAAACGGCUGGACGUACUUGAUAGCCGAUACUAUCAGAACCUCUGCCACCCCCUCUUCCCGGGGUUCCACCGCUGGAUGGAAGAGUUCUGGUCUCCCGAGCGACCGCCCCACCCCUCAACGAGUGCGCCGGACGACAUACAGGACUACUACAUUGACCUCUUCAACCUCGAGAACCCGUCGUCGUCCUUGUGCGGCGCGGAUGACCCGGGCGACGUCGACGAGUCCUCUGGCGAUGAGCCGGAACUUACGGGUGCUGAUCCGGAAGUAUCCGAGAGGCAGAAGCCCAGAGGGAUCUCGUUUGAUAGAGCAGAUCAUCAUGAACUCCGCUUGCCGCCAUGGCAAGGCGUGGCUGAACGUCUGUCGAGUAACCCCGGUUCCCUGAGCAAUCACUACCUUUUCCCUCAAAGUGGACGACGGCGGGAUGGUGUCUCUGGACUUCAGAAGAGGGUCUGGCGAAGGCUCCCCAGAGUGCCGGCAAUAGACCACUUCGCGGCCAACGUGUUCCUUGGUUUGGCAUCUUUUGGUUCUCGCCCGCCUUGA